GCGGGAUAACCAUACUUGAAAAUAUACAGACAUUAACAGGAGGCUGGCAGUUUAUUAAAAUCAUAUUAUUUACUUACUGGACCCGUGUGAAUACAUUUAUCACUGUCAGCUUGAUAAAACGAACUUACCAACCAGGUCCAGUAAAUCUUAGUCAUUCAUCCCGUCAUCAUCCGGAGGCGUUUACUAAAUAAGACUAAUGUAGUAGGGGCUAAUUUAUAUAAUGAGGUGUUCGAAAUAGUGUUUCACAUUACUACUACAUUUAUCAAAAUGUGUAACAAAGGGGAUUCAAUUCUGUUACUUUUGGUGAUAUGGCAUUUAAACACAAAUGCAGAUUCGCAAUUGAUUGGAGAAGAAAAGAAGUAUGUUUUCCUUGAACAAGCCAUGCUAGAACGAGUGAGACCGAUUUUACUGGCAACGACAAAGGCUCUGGAAACAAGAGUAGGGCGUCUGGAAGAGGAAAACAAGCAAAUAUUAUCGGAAUUAAACUCCAUGAAGUAUGGAAAUCCUUCACCUGGGAUGAAUGGCUGCCCCGUAUCAAACAACUGUGCAUUAACUGGACUCAUGUGUCCCCGAUUUUUGAUGGACCCAGCAACCCUAUAUUCUUGCUUCCUCUCCAGUGAUAAGCUAACAUUGUCAAAUAGACGACGGGGCAGCACCUAUGACUGGCCAGCGGUAACUGACCGGAAAUACAUUGGAGUCCAGGGCUCAUCGGUGAUUACAAACCUACAAACCAUUUACUUUGAAACUGACAUCUAUUAUCGAAUAGAUCAGGAUUUAAGUUCAGCCAACCUGGUUUUCGAGGUUGCAUUUGCAACAGAAGAGGCGAUUGGUGAAAGUUACUAUGUCAGUCGACAAAAAGGGGCGUGGUCCAUAAAUGCGCACAAUUCUGAUACACAGGGAGUCACCCUCUUCUUCAAAAGUAACGGAGGCAAUAUAACGCAUAGUGAAAUUCUCAGUGACGCCACUUCCGGUACAGACAAAUACUUGAAACUUGGAUUCUUCAUUAACAGAGUGGACAGAACCAUCGCUGUGUUUGACAUUAACAUGAACAGGAAGAUAUCCACCUUUACUAACGUGGACGAGUCUCGGGAACUGUGGCCCGUAUUCGGCGUUUAUCGAGCUACAGAAACAUUCGUUCGCCUUCGGUUAAACACUGAAAGAGACAUAUCCAGUGUUCCUUGUGGGCUGUUCUAGUUCAUAGCUACUGCGUUCGCUAAAUGCAAUCCUAUUUAUUUAUGACUACUGUGAAAACGACAAAUGCAAGACCGACUUUCAAAAGCGACCUAUUUUUAAUUGUAAUGACAGAAAAAAAAUGUCCAGAUGUAAUAAGUUAGUACUGAAGUAUUCCGUGUGUUUAGGAUUUUUUGUGAAUCCGAAAAAGGCAAGACCAACUCUGUUAUUUGGUUGACAUGUUAAUAGGUUAUAUGUUAUAAAUUCUCAGUUUAAUUCAUGACGUUUCCUCAAUGUCUCUAUCACUUUUAACUUAAUCCCGUGGUGGCCGAAGGGUUCUGAGAUCAUCUACGGUCACUAGGCCUCCUUCACUGGGUCGUUGGUUCGAGGCGUACGUGGGGCAGUUGCCAGGUACUGGGCGCAGGUCGAUGGUUUUUCUCCGGGUGCUACGGUUUUCCUCCACUAUCGAAACCUGGCACGUCCUUAAAUUACCAUAGCUGUUAAUAGGACGUAAAACAUUAAUCAAACCGACUUAAUCCUUUUCAGGCGGCUGCUUUGUUUUCAAAAUACAAAAUUUAUAUAAACCAUUAAUAUAAGAAAACACUUUCAUAUACCAUCGACUAUCGUCAUCAUUCAACUCUUUCUUGGAUGGAAUGCUAGAGCAAUUUACCUCUAAAGGUUUUCUCUGUGUACUCCGGUUUUCACCCGACAAGCUUGGUUAAUGUAAGUUGAAAGUUCAAUAAUUAUUGUAAAAUAAAUGUAGCUAAAAGAAAGUUUUAAGAAUGCCAUACCUCCUGCAUGUUUGUGCUGAAGAAUGAUUCUAAUGCGAUAUUUGUACCAGUAAAAUGUCGGAAAUAGCUGUUAUUUUACUUUAGUUAGAGGCCGACCUUCGGGCAUUAUGCCUUACUUGUUACUACCUAUAACUUGAACAUAACUGCUUGGUGUUUGCACUGACUCAUAAAUGUAUAUUUGCUAUUAAAAAAAUUGCGCUAAAAA